AUGAACGUGGACGGGAACGCGAUUAUUGUCGGGGGGGGUAGCGGUAUUGGACGAGCAUGCGCCAUCGGCUUUGCAAAGGACGGGGCUGCAGGUGUCCUCAUCACCGACUUGGAUCUGAAUGCAGCGGAGGCCGUCGCUGUUGAAUGCGGUGCCGUCGCCACUGCGGCCAAUUUUCGUGUCGAGGCCUUCCAGGUCGACAUCACGCAGGAAGAGUCGGUGGAAGCGGCUAUCAAGCGCAUGCUGGAGACUUUUGGGAGAAUCGACUACUGCGUCAACUGUGCUGGUGUAGGGGUGCAGGUGCCCCGUCUGGUUUCCGAAGCUGACUCGACCGAGUUUCGACGCUUCCUCAAAAUCCACGUCGAGGGUACCUUCUCACUGGUGCGGGCCGUGUCAGCGGCCAUGACCAGUCAGCAUCUCCGGCCCAAUGGCCCUCCGGGCUCGGGCCGGGGUGAGACGCGAGGUAGCAUUGUCACUCUGGGCUCGGGCAAUUCGUUUGUGGCUACGCCGCACAUGGUUCAAUACACUACAGCCAAGCAUGCUAUUCUGGGAUUGACCAAGAAUGCAGCCCUGGACAUGGCUCCUCACGGUAUCCGGAUCAAUUGCGUCUGUCCGACGUGGGUGGAGACGCCGAUGAUUCAACAGGCCAGGGACGGAGGCGUGGAUAUAGAUGCGUGGGUCAAGGGUAUGGUUCCACUGGGCCGCAUCGCCACCGCCGAAGAGGUGGCCGAUACUGUCAUCUUCCUAUGCGGCCCCAAAUCUAGCUAUGUUACGGGAAGUGGCUUCAUUCUUGACGGAGGAACUCUGGUAACGGCCCAUGCAUAG